AUGGAUACCGAAAAUAUAUUUCUUUUCGUGCCUAAUUUAAUUGGAUAUGGCCGAGUGAUUUUAGCUAUUAUUUCCUUUUAUUUUAUGCCUACAAACUAUGUAGUUGCCUGUUGGUGUUAUAUUAUCAGUGGAUUACUAGAUGCAGUCGAUGGACAUGCUGCUCGAUAUUUUAAUCAAAGUACUAAGUUUGGAGCAAUUUUGGAUCAGUUGACUGACCGAUGUGGAACUAUGUGUCUAUUAGUAACUCUAAGUUACUUUUAUCCAAAAUACAUGUUUUUGUUCCAGCUUUCCAUUUGCAUUGAUAUAGCUUGCCACUGGAUAUAUUUACAUUCGUCUUUACUACAAGGAAAAGUGUCUCAUAAAUUCAUUGACAUGUCUGAGAACCCUAUAAUGCAUUUAUAUUAUACUUCUAAACCAGUUCUAUUUGGAAUGUGUGCAGGGAAUGAGGCUUUUUAUGCUGCAUUGUAUUUGCUAUAUUUUACUGAAGGACCUUUAAUUGCCGGAUUAUCUUUAUUCAGAAUCAUUGCUUAUUUAAGUGCGCCAAUUGCUAUCACUAAAUCUUUUAUAUCUAUUGUACAUGGAGUGGUGGCCUGUGUCAAUUUGUCUAAGAUUGAUGUUGCAGAACGCAAAGAAUUGCUCAAAAAACAGUAAAUCAAUAGGUAAGUAAUUAUUAAAAGUGGUUUAAUAUAUUCUUUUCAUUAGUAGUAAUAUAUUAUAAAUCGAAAGUGUUCCAGUUUCAAGUGUCAAUUGUUUACAUUUUUAACAAAAAUAUUUCAAUUGUUAUUAUUACUUUUAAUUUUGUAC